AGCCACUCUCUCAAACUUCACAAACACACUCCAAAACAAACUCCAGAGAACCAAAAAAAAAACUAUGAUCAAAAUGGCAACUUCUAAACAAACACAUAUCCUUCUUCUCCUCUUCUUCUGCUUCUUUUACUCAGUAUCAAUGGCAUUGUCAAUUUCAGACAAGAUUCAGCUGAUAAUGGUGAACAACUGCAACUACAGUGUGUGGCCAGGAACACUCGGUAGCUCCGGCCAACAAACGCCUGGAAAUGGUGGGUUCCAUCUGGGCAUAGGAGAAGAAGCAGUGUUUGAAGUUCCUAAUGGUUGGUCAGGGAGAGUAUGGGGGAGACAAGGCUGUUGGUUUGAUGAGAAUGGAAAAGGUUACUGUGAAACUGGAGACUGUGGAGGAAUGCUGCAUUGCAGUGGCACUGGAGGUAAACCACCAGCUACAGUUGUUGAGAUGACCCUUGGGACAUCUAAGUCUCCAAUUCAUUUCUAUGAUGUUAGUUUAGUGGAUGGGUUUAAUCUCCCGGUGGCCAUGUCACCAAUUGGUGGAGGGGUUGGGUGUGGAGUGGCUGAGUGUGAGGUUGAUCUCAACGUGUGUUGUCCUUCAAGGUUUGAGGUGAAGGUGAAUGGAAAGGUGGUGGGGUGUAAGAGUGCAUGUUUGGCUUUGAAUACGGCUAAGUAUUGUUGUACUGGAGAUUAUGCUUCCCCUACGAUUUGUAAGCCUACCCUCUUCUCGCAUCUCUUCAAGGCUAUUUGUCCCAAAGCUUAUAGUUAUGCCUUUGAUGAUUCUUCUAGUCUUAAUAUGUGUAAGGCCAGGCAUUACCUCAUUACUUUCUGUCCUCCUAGAAGGUAGAACAAGUAUGGCAUUACUUCUAUGUGUUAGUUUGUUAGUUGUGUGGUUUUUCUUUUUUCUUUUUCUUUUUUUAUUAGUGAGUUUACU